AGCUCCGUGACGCUAUCCUCUUGCGACGAGGCCGGUUGGUGGCGGCGUUUCCCGGCGAGCGAAGCCGGGCGCCGAAGCUAUGGGCAGCCGGGAGGUGCUGGGUCAAGCGGCCCGCCUGGCCUCCUCCGGUCUGCUCCUGCAGGUGUUGUUUCGAUUGAUCACCUUUGUCUUGAAUGCAUUUAUUCUUCGCUUCCUGUCAAAGGAAAUCGUUGGCAUAGUGAAUGUCAGGCUAACACUGCUUUACUCAACUACCAUCUUCCUGGCCAGAGAGGCCUUCCGUAGAGCAUGUCUGAGUGGGGGCGCCCAGCAAGACUGGAGCCAGACCUUCAACCUCUUGUGGCUAACAGUCCCCCUGGGUGUGUUUUGGUCCUUGCUCCUGGGCUGGGUGUGGUUACAUUUGCUUGAAGUGCCUGAUCCUAAUGUCGUCCCCCACUAUGGAACUGGAGUGGUGGUGUUUGGCCUUUCGGCCGUGGUAGAGCUUCUGGGAGAGCCCUUCUGGGUCUUGGCACAAGCACAGAUGUUUGUCAAACUCAAGGUGAUUGCCGAGAGCCUGUCAGUCAUCCUCAAGAGUGUCCUGACAGCUUUUUUUGUGCUAUGGUUGCCUCACUGGGGGCUCUACAUAUUCUCUUUGGCCCAGCUUUUGUAUACUGCAGUUCUGGUGCUCUGCUAUGUUAUUUAUUUCACAAAGUUAUUGGGCUCCUCAGAAUCAACCAAGCAACAGACUCUUCCUGUCUCCAGAAUAACAGAUCUGUUACCCAAUAUUACAAGAAGCAGAGCUUUUAUAAAUUGGAAAGAGGCUAAAUUGACUUGGAGUUUUUUCAAACAGUCUUUCUUGAAGCAGAUUUUGACAGAAGGCGAGCGAUACGUAAUGACGUUUUUGAACGUGUUAAAUUUUGGCGAUCAGGGUGUAUACGAUGUAGUGAAUAAUCUUGGCUCUCUUGUGGCCAGGUUAAUUUUCCAGCCAAUAGAGGAGAGUUUUUAUAUAUUCUUUGCUAAGGUGCUGGAGAGAGGAAAGGAUGCCACACUUCAGAAGCAGGAGGACAUUGCCAUGGCCGCUGCGGUUUUGGAGUCGCUGCUCAAGCUGGCCCUGCUGACCGGCCUAACCAUCACCAUUUUUGGCUUUGCCUAUUCUCAGCUGGCUUUGGAUAUCUAUGGAGGGGCCAUGCUUAGCUCUGGAUCAGGUCCUGUUUUGCUGCGUUCCUACUGUCUCUACGUCCUCCUGCUUGCCGUCAACGGAGUGACCGAGUGUUUCACAUUUGCUGCCAUGAGCAAAGAGGAGGUCGACAGGUACAAUUUCACAAUGCUGGCCCUCUCGUCUUCAUUCCUGGUGUUAUCCUACCUCCUGACUCGAUGGUGCGGCAGCGUGGGCUUCAUCUUGGCCAACUGCUUUAACAUGGGCAUUCGCAUCACACAGAGCCUUUGCUUCAUCCACCGCUACUAUGAAAGGAGCCCGCACAGGCCCCUGGCGGGCCUGUACCUAUCACCCGCCCUCCUCGGGGCAUUCGCCCUCAGUGGUGGGAUUACUGGUGUUUCCGAGGUGUUCCUCUGCUGUGAACAGGGCUGGCCAGCCAGGCUGGCGCACGUCGCCGUGGGGGCCUUCUGUUUGGGAAUGACUCUUGGGACAGCGUUCCUCACGGAGACCAAGCUGAUCUGUUUUGUGAGGACUCAGUUAGGUGUGUCCAGACUGGCUGACAAAACCUCGUGACCUCAGAGGCAUUGGCACCUGUGACACGUGGACCAGCUGUGGGGCGGGUUUGUGGGCGGAUCUCAUGAGCUGUGCAGGAGAGCCCUGCUGAGGGGUCUGCAGCGGGGGAGGACCGAUGCCGGCAGGCGAGACGUCGGAGAGAACUGCCAGCCCAAACACCAUCCCUUUGAAGCCUCAAACAAACAGGAAGGAGGAGUUCCACUUUUAAGGGAAGACCAACAGCUCUUUUAAAAUGGAUACCUUAUUUUUGUCACCAUUUUGUUCUCAUCAACAUUUUUCUUUUUGGUUAAUGUGUUCCUUUUGGGCGUGAUUGACCUAAGGAGCUCUGUAAGCCAACCAGCUAUAUCUUGGAUGAAAUAGUUAACAAUGAUCUGGCCCAGAAAGAGAGAUGUGGCCAUAUUACAUGUCGCAGGAAUAUGUCACUUACUCUGUAAAAGCAGGAAGGAGACCUGGUGUGCACCGGAUGAGACCAGAGGUGGCCCAGGAGUUGUGGCUUCUCCCAUGCAAACACUGUGGUUGGGGUUUUUAGAGAGGGAACGACAUUUCUCAAUGAGAAGUCCAGGAAAUGGAAAUGCGGAGUCUUGUGGGUCACAUUUCCCAGAGUUAGCUGGGGGGAGUCAUACCCCUCAUCGUCAUUGCUGCAUGCCCCGGACCACCUUCCCAGUGCCAGUGCAGGCUGGUGUGAGACCGCUGGCCCAGCCACCUGAACGAGAAGGCUCUGAAGGAAGCAGCGAUCCAGUGUGAGCUACCUUGGCCCCCGAAGGGAACGCUGCUCAUGUGAAGAUUGCACAGAUGGCAGCCCACGGUGAAGUGAUGUACGAUUUCCCUUCAGAAUAAAAUGGGGUAUGUGCUUAAGGCAAGCCCUUCCCACCGACCCGUUGCUUCCAGCGCUGGUCAGUAACCCCGAAUGCCAGCUUCAGGACCAGCGUGGCAAGCCUGGGAGUCUGGCUGCUCCAGGUCGAGGCCCAGCUCCCUACACCCAGCAGGCAACGUCACUGGGCAUUGUUCUGAGGUGACAAAGCAUUUUUCUUCUUUCGAUAAUAUAUUAAUUCCUUUUGGGUGUGAUUGACCUUCAGAGCUACCUGCGCAAACUUGGAUGAUAACAGUGAUCAUCUGGCCCUGAUGUCCCAAGCUUUCUGUUUACACCCAGAGAGCAGGGCACCUUGCAUCAGAUGGUGGUUUGCCUAAAAUGCACACAUGUAAAUCCACUGGCUGGGAGCCAGAGCCGAAGGGCCAAGGAUCAAGACCCACCAGUGCACUGAGACUAGCACCCAGGCACUUGGGCCUUUUAUCUAUUCAAAGGGAGAAUGCAUCCCACUAAUUGGAAAAGUAACUAAAUGUAAGAUAUCACUUGUCAGUCAGAGACCCUCCAAAAACAUGGCCGUGGUUAUGCGCUUAUGAGGCACGGUCAGGCUGUCUCAGAAGAACCGAUUGUCCCAUGGUGGGGAGCCGGGGGGAGAGGGUAUGGCACACAGAGGCAGCCUUCCCUCCCUCUCAUGCACUUUUGUCUCUUGAGUGCACAGAAAUGGGCCUUUAGCCCUCACAAGUUCCUUCUCUGCUGCCCUUGACCACCACUCCUUCCCCUAGAGCCCUGUUACCCACCCCAUGCCCACCUGACCCCAGACACCAAGCAUGGCCUUUAAACUACCUGCCUCGGAAUUGCCUGGUUCCAAGUCAGAAAUGUGGGUUCCCAGGACCCACUGCAGACCUUUGGGACCAUGUCUGCGGGCAGGGCUCUGGGAUCAGCUUUUUUGGCGAACCAAGGUUGGCAUACCCCAUCGCCCUCACCUGCGUCAGGGCCCGAGACCAGCGGCUCACAAUGUCCGUUCUCUGCUCCAGGAAGAGUCCCUGUUGCCCGAACCUUGCCAGCCCCCCAGCUCUCGGGAGCAGGCCCACCCCGGUUCCUGCUCUGCUCUCCAGCGUGGAGGGCAGCUGGGCCUGACAGUCCCUGCCCCGUGUCUCCUCGUCCCGUGCCGUCCCGCUGGCGCCACUGCCAGCCCAGGGCCGCUCCUCUCGAAAGGUAGCCAGCUAGGCCGGCAGCCCGGGGCUCCUUCCCACCACCUGCUUCCCUGUCGGUAGGAAAAGUCCCUGCGAACGCCUGUUUACUUACCACUAGCGCCUGCCCCCUGGGCUGUCGGGCGGAGGCAGCCGGCUCUUUGCACUUCACCGACCUCUGCCUCCACCCCCUGGCCGCCUCCUGGAAGUGCAGGUGGGCCUGACUGCUGCCUCUGGAGCUUUCCCUUGCUGGCUCCCUAGGUGAGGGCUCAGGUAUUGGGCCAGUAGGGCAAGUGUGUUAUUUUAGUGUGAUUUGGGCGAGUCCAGGGUACGCUCUCACCUUUAUCAGGUGCUGGACCCUGUAUUUACUUUGGACAUUGGACUUGUGAGCCGAUCAGAUGCUGUUGUUCUGUUCUGCCUGUGCUUGCUGUACCUGGGCGAGGGAGCUUUUAAUGUCAGUGUUUCAUUUGCUAAUUAACUUUCAAAGGUAGGGAGAAAAAGAUGCUUUGGGGGAAGGAUUUGAGGGGAAGGAAGACUUCUAUUGAUUUGCGUCAUCUGUCUGACCACAAUUACCAUGGCAUUAUCAGUCCUGCUAUUUAAUGUCAAUUCCUUUUUAACCAGAAUUAUCUGGGUCCAUCACAGCAAAAUUGGAAAACUGGGCUCCUAGUGUUGUUCGGCCUCCUUUAGGGGCCUAAGGAAGAAGGCUUCUAAAUACUUCUUAAUUAACAGAAGUUGCUGGGUGCCCCUGUCCCAAAGUGCAGUCGGUUCUUUGCCCAGCAACUCCUCCAUCAUCCCUGGGCAGUGUGGCUUAGGCGGAAGGGGCUGGAGGUGAAAUGUAGGGAGUUCGGUCUUUCCCCUCCUGACUAGGUCCUCACCAGAGUCAGUGCACCCAGAACUCUGCACCAGCCUCUGCGGGCUCCAGCAGCCUCAUGGAGAAGCUCCCCACAGCUUGUCACAGCUGGUGCUGUGCACUGUGCGCCCUCCCGCCCCCCGCCAUCGAACGUAAUGAUCGUACGCGUGCACAAAGUUGUGGUGGGCGAUUUGGCAUGCUGUUCUGUUGCCGGGUCAGGUUCCUCAGGAGUUGAGGGCCCCUGGACGCUGCACCCAUGAGGCCCAAUGAACUUGGGGCCCUGGGAGCUGGAGAAGGAGGGAGGGGUGCCUUUGAAGCCACCUGACUGGGAGGCUGGAGGCCUGGCACGGGCACCAGGGCAGCUCCCGGCCUUCUCUGCUCUUUACGGCCUCAUGCUGGGGUGAUCUCGCCUCUCCUGGGGCCCAGCAGCUGGGGUGGGGGGGGUCAGGCUGGUGGGCAAUGCAAGGAGGAGUCCUCAGAACCGGGUGCGGCCUCAGGGCAGAGGCCUGGGCUUUGCCACUGAUGAGACCUUCUCUUUCACCUUUUCUUUUGUCUCCAGCCCCCAAUCCUCUCAGCUUUAACUUCUGUUCCCAACGCAAAGCCCCUGCAGGAGAAAGGGAGCUGGCCCACAUUAUCCGUAAUGGGCAGAAGCUGUGGGUCAAAGUCAUAAGUGAGCCAGCGGCUAGGCCGCCCUGGGGCAGCCGAGCCCCGGUUCAGUCAGCUCUCGCUGGGUAGGCACCGGGCAGGGUGGCACGCGCCAUCCAGGUUUGCCCCUCCACCUCAGGAGCUGCAUGAGGGCCCACGACAGAACAGCUGACUUGUGAAGGGACCUUCUAAAGCACCAUUGGUUUGUCUCAUUUCCUCCCUCCUUCCAAUAGAUGUGUCCCAAAGUUAUGACCCUGUUGACCCCACUGUGUCAGUGUUGCCCUGGCCUGACAAAUGCAUUUGGCUGAGGCCACCUGGUUCACAGUGCUUGGUGGGAAAGGAGCCGGGAAAACUGGGGGGUCUCGGUCCUUGCCUCUCAUCUGUACCAUGUGGCACAAACCGGGGCCUCGAGGCAGGGCUCUGAGGCCAUCAGAGGAGGCAGUGUGCAGGGACACGACUGCUGAGCAGCGUGUUUCUGGUUCGUGUCUGAGAGACCCUGACACCCUUUCCAGGGAUGUGUGGCUUCCCCAGGCCACGUGUGUCGGGGAGAAGGCGGUCUGGGAUGAAGGCAUGACUCACUGAGGGCAGCACCGGGUUUGUUCCCGGCUCACCUACCCCUCACUCACUUCUUUGCACCUGCUUUUGAAAAUCACAAAAGGCGACACGAGAGAGAAUGGCCUACGGGGGACCAGAGGGCCUCUCCCAGAUGGCCUUUUCACUUCCACCCUGUGGCCAGGCGGAUUAUGGGACAACUCGGGUGACGCAGGCGCCUCCACCCUUCCCGGAGGUGUGCGGACGCCCCGCCCCCCGCCCAGCCCUGCACUGGUUAACGCGUCCCCCAGUCUCAGCACGCUCUUGUCCAGCCCUCCUCAGGGCCUGGCCUGGCUGUGCAGGGGGGACGAUGAAAACACAGGAAAAGGAAACCUCUGUAGCCAUGACAAAAAUGGGAAUGUUUUCCUCCACACAUAAUCUCAACCAGACUAGGGAAUGUUGUGAAAAUAGCUGUUUCCCCUAGGGCAUUCACAAUUUUAUGAACAAACCAGAUGAGCAGAGUGCAUUUUAAUGUUCCUGAACCAGAGUCCAAGAUUCCUUUCUUCCUCGUGUAGCUCAUGAGAUCCCUGAGGGGCAUCUCUCGGGUGACAAGAGGAUGUCUUGCAGGUGUGCAGAUGUCAGGCUGUGGGGGGCAAUAGAAGGGACAGAGCUCCUUGCCAUUUUUUCUUUUGUAUCCUUGAGUGAAAUCAUGUGGCCCUCCAGCUCCCCAGCGGGGUGAUGGCAUGACGCCCAGGCACUCUGGCGACUUGUCGUCGCCCCCUCUCAGCUCUCCUGCAGCAAACCUGCAAGCACAGGGCUGAGAGCCAGGCUCCGGGUGGCAGGCCCCCAGAGGUGUUCUGCCUGUCGUGUGUCUUCCCUCUGCACGGUCACUGAGGAAACCCACUGGCGUCCCCCUCUGCCUUUGGAAGCAUGGUUGAGCCGGGUUGGGUGCUCUAAACGGCAUGUGGCAAUGUGCACGUGCCGUCGUUCUACCGCGCAGCCUGGCUGCCCUUGCCUAACUCACUGGGCGACCUUGAACAAGCCCCUCUCGCUCCGCCAAUUAUGGAGCACUGACCAUGUGCCAGGCACUGGGUGACCACAUGCCUGAGCGGUGUCAGGGGCUAGAUCUCCGCACCAGUGCUAUCUGUUGUCUGCGUGUUACAGGUGAGGAAGCUGAGACACAGAGAACUCGCUUCAUUUGCCCUGGGCCACCCAGCCAGGAAGAAGGUGGCAGAACUGGGGGUCUGCCCGUUACCUUGGCAAUCGGAUCCUCCCUGAUCCUAGGGCCCCGUGCGAUCUGUGGUGGUAACGC